AUGCCACGGAAACCGGCUGACCUCGUCCAAGUCACCAAGCCGGAUUCGCCGGGUUAUUCAAGGUUGACGAGCCUGUACUCGGACCUCAUGGUUAGUCCUCCGGCAGCGAGGUCCCAAGCUGGCUCGGAUCUCGAUGGUCAGGUUGGCAUCGGCUCGACUACUGGGAGACGCGGAGGUGCGGAUGAUAACGAGCGCAACGGCUGGCCGGCCCAGCCUGACGACGGCCGGACUGGAGCGGCAGAGCCAACCUCACAAUCCCUCUGGAUUCUUAUUUUCAAGGGCUACCCUCGCGAUAUCCAAAGCGCACGAGUAACCGAGCUGUACAUCGUCUUCAACGAGGACGAGAGCAUGAACCUCACCAUCCAAAUCCAGGGGCAGCAUCCGAGCUUCAGCGUGAAGGAGCUCUGGAAUCAGCCUGCCCCGCGGGCGAGACCUCACUUCCACCGACGACUCGCCGUUUCCACGCUGCCAACAAGCUCCGAGUUAGACAUGAGCCUCCGCAAUGCUAUCUUGGCCACGCGGGUUAAUAAUAUCGACGCGGACUGGUCGUGUCAAAGUUGGGUCGGAGAUGUCCUCACCGUGUUGCAGGACGCCAACAUGAUCACCGUCGAGGAGGGCGACAACGCGCUGGAUGGGAUGGUGAAUUACAUCUCAAGAGCACCCUGGCGGUAA